UUCUUGUCCUGCUCCAGGUCCUGGCUAUGUCCAGUCGCUCUUGGCUGAGCUACUCCUACCAGUCGCGCUUCCAUCUAACCCCCCUCUCAUACGAGACGCUGGAGUUUGCAUCUGGCUUUGCCUCCGAGCAGUGCCCAGAGGGAAUUGUUGCCAUCUCCACAAACACCCUGAGGAUUUUGGCGCUGGAGAAGCUUGGCGCAGUCUUCAACCAAGUUGCCUUCCCGUUACAGUACACGCCCCGCAAGUUUGUGAUCCACCCUGAGAGCAGCCAUCUGAUCAUCAUCGAGACUGACCACAAUGCUUACACAGAGGCGACCAAAGCUCAAAGGAAACAGCAGAUGGCUGAGGAAAUGGUAGAAGCUGCGGGGGAAGAUGAGAGGGAACUCGCUGCAGAGAUGGCCGCAGCUUUUCUGAAUGAGAAUCUUCCAGAGUCCAUCUUUGGUGCCCCCAAAGCAGGAAACGGACAGUGGGCCUCAGUGGUCAGGGUGAUGAACCCCAUUCAAGGAAACACUCUAGAUCUUGUCCAGCUGGAGCAGAAUGAGGCUGCCUUCAGUGUGGCUGUGUGCCGCUUUGCCAAUGCUGGGGACGACUGGCAUGUCCUUGUGGGAGUGGCCAAAGACCUGAUUCUGAACCCACGUUCCGUUGCUGGAGGGUUUGUCUACACUUACAAGUUGGUGAAUAGCGGUGAGAAACUCGAGUUCCUGCACAAGACACCGGUGGAAGAGGUGCCAGCGGCCAUUGCCCCUUUCCAAGGGAGAGUGCUGAUUGGCGUGGGGAAACUGCUACGCGUCUACGAUCUGGGCAAGAAGAAGCUGCUGCGGAAGUGUGAGAAUAAGCACAUUGCCAACUCCAUCUGUGGGAUUCAGACUAUUGGACACAGAGUAAUUGUGUCUGAUGUUCAGGAGAGCUUCAUCUGGGUUCGAUACAAGAGAAAUGAAAACCAGCUGAUCAUUUUUGCCGAUGACACCCACCCUCGCUGGGUCACUACUGCCUGCCUUCUGGACUAUGACACAGUGGCUGGAGCUGACAAGUUUGGCAACAUCUGUGUGGUGAGGCUGCCGCCCAACACGAAUGAUGAGGUCGAUGAGGACCCGACUGGCAACAAGGCUUUGUGGGACAGGGGCCUUCUCAAUGGUGCCUCCCAAAAGGCAGAGGUGAUCAUGAAUUACCAUGUAGGAGAAACGGUGCUUUCUCUGCAGAAGACCACGCUAAUCCCCGGAGGCUCUGAGUCUCUUGUUUAUACAACGUUAUCUGGAGGCAUUGGCAUCCUGGUUCCAUUUACAUCACAUGAGGAUCAUGACUUCUUCCAGCACGUUGAGAUGCACCUCCGGUCGGAGCACCCCCCUCUCUGUGGUCGAGAUCACCUCAGCUUCCGCUCCUAUUACUUCCCUGUUAAGAACGUUAUUGAUGGGGACCUCUGUGAGCAGUUCAACUCCAUGGAGCCCAACAAACAGAAGAACGUGUCUGAAGAACUGGACCGGACUCCGCCAGAAGUCUCAAAGAAAUUAGAGGACAUCCGCACGCGCUAUGCCUUCUGAGCUGAGCCACUGGAGGACUUGAUUAGGACUCUUAUUCCGAAGAUGCGUUGACAGCUUUUCUGGCCUGCCCCCAUUUUGUUUGCCCCCGUUUCUCUCCUGGAGCUCAGUCAGUCAUCUUACAGCUUACCUUUUCUGUGCUGCUCCAGAAAUCGAGCUCUCCAAGUGAUGAUGCCUCAUAAGCUGUCAGAAGCAUCUCCCAUUUCAGCAGACCUGCCAUGCUGCAGCCACCACCCAGAAUCCCAGCCCAGUGGUUCCUUGGUAGCUUCACCAUGAGCUGACUUGAUUGAUCUCAUCCUCCAGUUCUGUUCUGAAUAAGCAAGGGAAACCAUGGGGAAUGACAAGGGUUUGAAACUAGAGCUGGCUUUCCCCCUAACCGGUAUUUUGGAAGUUGUGUCAGCUUGGCCGCCCGCCCUGUUUCUAUUCUGUUUUUUAACUCUAUAUUGUAAAUACAGUUUUGCACCAGAUUAGUCUUUUGUCUGUUGGAGAGGUGGUAGCUACAACCUUAAAGAAUAAAAAAUAUUAUUGAGAGCUUGCUAGACAGUGUCCAUGUGCCUAGAUCUAAAUUUUAUUUU